GCCUGCCUUCCCAUUAGGCCAUUACACCCACACCGCUCACCACAUUACGCACAAGAAGCUUGCCGUGUCCCCUCGAAUUUACGGCUCUGCCCUUCCCGUGCGAGCGAAGCCGAAGAAAGAAGCCAUGAAGCUGGAAAUCAUGCCCAAGCAGAGGACCCUGGAGGCGGAGCAGCGGGAGGAGGCCAUGGAGAUGAGCGGCCUGGAGCUGUGGAAGCACGAGAAGCCCCCCAAGAUCUUCCCCAUGACGCCGCUGUCGGCGGCGGGUUGCGACGAGGCGGCGCUCGUGCCGCCGCUCAACUUCGCCAUGGUCGACGACGGCAUCUACCGCUCCGGCUUCCCUGCCACGGCUAACUUCCCCUUCUUGAAGUCCCUCAACCUCCGCUCCAUCGUGUAUCUUUGCCCGGAGCCAUACCCGGAGGCGAACACGGAGUUCCUUGAGCAGCACGGAAUCAAGCUCCACCAAUUCGGAAUCGAGGGGCGCAAGGAACCAUUUGUCGAAAUACCUGACGACAAAAUCCGGGAGGCACUCAAAGUUGUCCUAGAUGUAAGAAAUCAACCCCUGCUUAUUCACUGCAAAAGAGGCAAGCAUCGAACUGGCGUCGUCGUAGGGUGCUUGAGGAAGCUGCAGAAAUGGUGCCUAUCUUCAGUCUUCGAUGAGUACCAGCGUUUCGCCGCUGCGAAAGUGAGGAGCACCGAUCUGAGAUUCAUGGAGCUGUUUGACGUCUCCAACUUGAAGCAUCUGACAGCCUCACAUUGUUAACUGCCGCUCGCCCCGGCCGUCCUCCCCCCAUAUUCUCUAGUAAAUCUCCCAACCUGCCCUCCCGGCGGCCAUGCACUGAACCGAUUCAGCAGUGAAUAAUUUUUGGAACCCAUAGAGUGAAUCCAUGACGUAGUGAUGUGAGACCCUUCGCAAGAAGAAAAAGAAAGUUGAGAGCUCUAGUUUUUUGCUGAGGUCCCUGCAGAUCCGAAGAACUACGGAGAAAGUUGUGGGUAGGAUUGCAAGAGGUUUUCUUUCCUUUUUGGUUGCCUUUUGCGAGGAAUUCACCAUUGUUUUUGGGUACUGAAGCUGUGUACUAGAGCGGCAUUUCCAGCGGAAACGAACUGUAUGUUCUCCGAAUGCAGAAAGCUUUGCUCUUGCUUGCAUGGAUCCAUCUACAUGAAUCAGAAGCUUUUAACUUGACAAUUGCCUAA